ACUACUUAAAUCUCGUAUAGUAGUUCAAGUAUGGCAUCUCAAUUUACUUUGCUUCUCUGGUUCAUUGCUUCAAUGUGGCUCAUUCAAGUCUCUUUGGCAAGACAACAUUUUGAUGCUUCGUUUUUGGCGAAACCUCCUGUUGGCCCAACAACAUGCCCAGUUCCUACAGCUCAAUGUUCAAGUGCAUGUGACCAACGAUGCUCCGCAACAUCACAUAAGAAUAACUGUUUAAUGUUCUGCAACAUGUGUUGUAAUUGGUGCCAAUGUGUUCCGCCGGGUACAUUUGGACAAAAAGAGUGUUGUUCAUGCUACAACGAUUGGAAGACGGAGCAAGGGACACCAAAAUGUCCUUAAAACUUGAGACCAAUUCUUGAUAAUACCUUCUUUUGUGGGACUUCAUAUGUAUUUUCUUGUUAUGCAAUGAUUCUUAUAUCAUGAA